AUGUGCCUUGCACUUGCGAUGAGCUCAUUUUCGUCGAAGAUCUCACAUCUCAUCGCCACUCAAGGUAUCCUUUAUGCUAUUGAUGGUGGCAUCGCCUACUGUCCUUGUAUCUUGUAUAUAGAUGAGUGGUUUGUACAACGCAAAGGUCUCGCCUACGGUAUCAUGUGGAGUGGUACGGGCCUCGCAGGAGUAGUACUCCCUCUCCUCAUGGAAUUCCUCCUUCGCACUGUCGGGUUCAGAACAACGUUGCGGAUCUGGUCUGGCGUACUUUUCGCCUUGACGAUUCCGUUAUCGUUCUACAUCAAGCCACGACUCCCAUAUUCAGCUACCAGCCAUGUUAAGCCCUUCAACUUAAACAUGUUCUUGAUGCCGACUUUUUGGUUAUACCAAUUGGCCAAUGUGAUAGAAGCGAUGGGACUCUUCUUGCCGGGCAUCUAUCUUCCUAAUUACGCCCAUAGUGCUCUCGGCGCUGCGUCACAUGGUUCAGCUACUACGAUCCUUUUAGUAAAUGUGGCUUCCGUCUUUGGCUGUGUUGUCAUGGGCUUUUUCAUCGAUCGAUUACACGUUACCACAUGCAUAUUGGUAUCAACACUUGGUGCAACUAUCGGCGCCUUAGUUAUAUGGGGUUUGUCGUCAUCUCUCCCUCUUUUAUACUUUUUCUGUGUUGUCUACGGCUUGUUCGCAGGCUCUUAUACGUCUACUUGGCCGGGGGUUAUGAUGGAUAUUGUUCGAAAAGGAGAAGCAUUAGGUCAAGGCCAUAUUGACCCAAGCAUGGUAUUUGGCUGGCUUGCUGCAGGCCGAGGUAUUGGUAACGUGAUUUCGGGACCUCUGAGCGAGAAUCUAAUACAAAGUCUGCCGUGGAAAGGAAAUGCAGCACCAUUUGGCUAUAGUAGUGGUUAUGGUAGCUUGAUAGUGUUUACUGGUGUAACGGCUCUGCUAGGCGGUGCGAGCUUUGUCUGGAGGCGACUGGGCAUGUUGUGA